AUGCUAAACCCUAGAAUGGGGGUGGAAGCGGAGCAGGAGAAGCUGGUGCUCAACUACCACAACGGCGCGCUUCUCAAGGGGCGCUUCACCGUUAAUGUAUUAUGGUACGGGAGCUUCACCCCAACCCAACGCGCCAUAAUCGUUGACUUCGUCAACUCGUUGAGCAUCCCCGCCGGAGCCCCACUUCCCUCCGUCGCCUCGUGGUGGCAGACGACGGAGAAGUACAAGGGCGGCUCCACUACGCUCGUCGUAGGGAAGCAAAUCAUGGAAGGAUAUUCCCUCGGGAAGCAUCUCAACGAAAACAAUUUACUGAACCUCGCUUCACGCUUCAACGACCUUUCAGCAAUAAACCUCGUUCUCACCGCAAACGACGUCGCAGUGGACGGCUUCUGCAGUAGCCGCUGUGGGACCCACCGCUCCAUCAACGGGAGGAUCCCCUACAUCUGGGUUGGCAACUCCGAGGCCCAAUGUCCCGGGCAAUGCGCCUGGCCCUUCCACAUGCCCGCUUUCGGUCCGCAGGGACGCUCGUUGGUUGCGCCCAACGGCGACAUUGGCGUGGACGGCAUGAUCAUAAACAUCGCAACCCUUUUGGCGGGAACUGUGACGAACCCCUUCAACGGUGGCUUUUUUCAGGGUCCUCCGACGGCGCCGCUGGAGGCCGUUUCAGCGUGCGUGGGGAUUUUCGGGAAAGGGGCGUAUCCGGGUUACCCGGGUAAGGUUUUGGUAGACCCGAAGACUGGGGCAAGCUACAAUGCGAACGCCGGGAACGGAAGGAAGUUCCUCUUGCCGGCCAUGUGGGACCCACAGACCUUCCAAUGCAAGACUUUGGUCUGA